ACGGUUUAAAGAGCCAGCGGUCGUUGGCCUACUAAUGGGUUCAAAAAUUCCUCCAAAACAUUUUCAAUAUACUUCCUGAACAUUUGGAAUUUGACUCCGAAACGAGCGAUUAGAGUGUUUAAAUAAAAUUUUGUAAUCUGAAUGGAAAUUUUCCAAAGAAAUUUGGCAAAAAAUCUGCGCAUGGGUGGGAUUUGACGUUCUUUGAGUGAUGUCAGGGUAUCGAUCGGCAGACACAUCCUUGCCACACACACACGGAAUUGAUUUUUCCUCCCUUUUUGGAGCAGUGAAAAAAAACGAGUGUCCCUUAAAAGAUUGAAUAGGAACUUGCAGUGAAGGAUAUAGUCAUGCCCCUUGUGAGUAUCCUGCGGAAGGCAUCAAACUACGUGCUAGGUGGUGAGGAGGAGCAGGAAGUGGAUGAAGGUGGUGCAUCGGGGGAGGACAAUGAGAUAAUGUUUUGCAAAAAUAACGUCUGUGUCCAUCCACCAACUGUUGUUCGCAGUGAUUAUGAUGUUUUGCAUCAUCCUGGGUAUCUCACCGUUGCCAGUAAGACAUUCAUUGAUCAACAUACAAAUGCCAAGAGGCAUACACUCCUCCUCACCUGGAUCCCCAAUUCUACACUCCGCAAAUGUCCAGCAACAAUUGAGAAGGUGAGCCUGCGGGGGGAAAUUGAUGAGCAGGAGCUGUGCAGGGAAUUGAGUCAGAUAAGUGAGGCAACGGUGACAACGUUGAGUAACAAGAAUCCCUUUGCGAGUGAUCUCAUGAGUGUCAGCAAUGGGUACACAUCGGACUACUCGGAGACGGUGAGUGUGAGUUCAAGUAGUGACAAAAUGGAACGUGAUUCCGUUCUCGAGGGUGAUGAAGGGGAGAAAGUUGACGUGGAUGGUGAUCCGGAAGUUGAGGAGGCCAAGAAGGAACUUAUAAAUGAACUUCAGCCCCUGCUUGAGGGGGCAAAUCCCUCAUUGGUGGCUAUACAGCUAAAACCACCCACACAGGUGACAUCGGUGAACAUUACAAUUGCCAAUCCGACCAUUGAGAAUGCCGAUAUCUCCCCAUCGGAUGGGCUAAUUGACAAUCCGCAACUUGCAGCACGUUUUGCCAGAUCACUCAGUGAGGAGAGUAACAGCCUGCAGCACUGGAUGACCCCGGAAAUGUUGGCUUUUCGUCACAAUCUCGCAUUCCCAGAAUCAUCGGCAACAAAUAGCCCUGUUGUACAGCGCCGAAUGCCGAUUAUUCUCAAAUGUCGACGCUUUUCCGUUGAUCUCAGUCAAAUGCGCUCCCUGAGGUUGUUCUUUAGUGAUGCUGAGUGCACUUCGGGACAAUUGGUGAUUGCAUCGCGUGAAUCUCAGUACAAGAUCCUGCAUUUUCAUCAUGGUGGACUGGAUCACCUGGCUCAGGUGCUGCAUCAGUGGCACAGUGUAUUGCACAACAUUCGCCUAGCACAGGAGGAUCUCACCUGUCCCUACAGGCAGUUCAUGGUGUGCCGCCCUGAGGUACGGAAGUCCGAGAUGCACCCCGAAGAGGGGAAUGUGAGUAAAAUCACCACGGACUACUUCUAUGGGACACUGCUGAAUAAAAAGGGACAAAUUGAGGAUGAUCUCUUGCUGCGUAAAUGCGUCUUCUUCGGUGGUUUGGAGAAGAAACUCCGUAAAACUGUGUGGCCCUUCCUGCUGCAGUGCUACUCAUUCUAUUCCACAUUUGAGGAUAGGGCCACCCUUGCGGAGAUACGACGGCAGGAAUAUGAGGAAUUAACAAAACGUCGACUGUACUCCAUGUCCCCGGAGGAACAUGCACACUUCUGGCGUACGGUGCAGUGUGUAAUUGAGAAGGAUGUGGUACGUACAGAUCGUGGGAAUCCCUUCUUUGCUGGCAACGAUAAUCCCAACAUUGAAAUAAUGAAGAAUAUCCUGCUCAACUAUGCUUUCUACAAUCCAAAUCUCUCAUAUACCCAAGGGAUGAGUGAUCUCCUUGCACCGGUUUUGUGUGAAAUUAAAAAUGAAUCUGAGACUUUUUGGUGCUUUGUUGGACUCAUGCAACGAGCUGUCUUUGUCUGCCAGCCAUUGGAUAAUGACAUCGAUAGAAAUCUGAGCUACCUGAGGGAACUCAUACGGAUCAUGAUUCCCCCAUUUCAUUCACAUCUACAAAAAUUCCCCGAUGCAUCUGAGCUGCUCUUUUGCCAUCGAUGGAUCCUUCUUUGCUUCAAGCGUGAAUUUACGGAAGCUGUGGCCAUUAGAAUGUGGGAAGCAUGUUGGUCAAACUAUCUCACUGAUUACUUUCACCUAUUUCUCUGCUUGGCUAUUAUUGCUGUGUACGCUGAUGAUGUUAUUGCUCAGAAUCUACGAACGGAUGAGAUGCUUCUCUACUUUAGUAGUCUGGCAAUGUAUAUGGAUGGGCAGUUAAUACUCCGGAAGGCACGUGGUUUACUGCAUCAAUUCAGGCAGCUACCAAAAAUUCCCUGCACCCUGUCGACACUCUGUAAGCGCUGUGGUCCUGGAAUGUGGGAUUCCGGACAUCAUCCUGCCAUUGAGUGUAUUGGACACUUGGACAAUGAACACUGUGCUUUUGCUUUUGAUUAGACAAGAAAGUGUUGUAUUCACGUUAAUUAAAAUGAAACUGAGAGGAUAUUGAGCUGAUCUGCUGAUUUAUCAGUAAAACAACAAGGAUCAAAAUGAAACUCAUGCAUUAAUGUCUAACUAACUCUCUGUUGCUAUUUUAACUUGAGAAAUAAAAUCUUAUGAUUAUAAACUUCUGAA